AUGUCUCAAGACCCAGCUAGGAAAUAUGCAAGGGCUGAUCCGGAUACCAGAUAUAAACUUACAUGCAACUUUUGCGACAAAGUGAUUGCAUCGGGAAUUCGAAGGCUCAAAGAACAUUUCGUUGGCGGAUUUAAAAACGUCACGAAAUGUACUAAAUGCCCACCACAUGUGAGAGAGGAGAUGAUCAACUAUAUGAAGAAAAAAGAGGAUGCUAAAAUACUGCAAGUUUUUACAGUGGCAGCAUCACAAAGCAGGCAAGAGUUUGAAGAUUUGGGUUACGGGGAAGACGAAGAAGACAACAUUAUUGGCAGUAGCUCGACCAAACAGAAAAGGCCUCGGGUCAACCCUGAUCGAGCAAAGGCCGUCCAAGCACAGAAGUUGAGCAAGGAAAAGCAACAGACAUUAAAUGAUGCAUACAAAAAAGAUUUGCGUGAAUUGGUUUGCAUCAACUGGGCUAAAUGGUUUUAUGAUGCGGGUAUACCAUUUAAUGCUGCACAGUUUGAUAGUUUCAAGAUUGCGAUCGAAUCUACUGGGCAAUUUGGUCCGGGCAUGAAGCCUCCAAGCUAUCAUGAGUUAAGAGUUCCUUUGCUUAACAAAGAAGUCAAUGCUAUGAAGGAUAUUCUAAAAAACCAUAGAGAAGAGUGGGCGAGAUUCAGUUUGGUUUUUAUCAAGUCUGCUGAUGUGUUUGAUAUAGUGAAGGACGCAAAUGCAUUGGUGCCAAUGUUUGAGGUGAUUGUUGAUUACACCGGAGAGCAACAUGUGAUUCAGAUUGUGACAGAUAAUGCCUCAAAUUAUAAGAAAGUUGGGCUGAUGCUGCAAGUUAAGAAGCCCAAUUUGUUUUGGACUCCUUGUGCUGCUCACUGCAUCGAUUUGAUGCUUGAGGAUGUUGGUAAAAUACCAAUGGUCAAGGAAGCUAUCAAAAAAUCAAUAUCUUUGACUGGUUUUAUUUACAGUAAAACCGGUGUGCUGAAUAUGAUGAGAAAGUAUACAAGCCAGAGGGAAUUGCUUAGGCCGGCCACCACUAGAUUUGCCACUUCCUUCAUCACCCUGAGGUCCAUCCAUAACGAACGACAAAACCUCAUAAAGAUGUUUACUAGUGAUGAAUGGAGAAAUAGCCAAUGGUAUAAAGAAAUACCCAGCAAAAAUGCAACAACUACUGUCCUCAAUGACAAUUACUGGAGGCAUGUUGUCUAA